ACAAAUAGCCGUUUUGUCCAAGUCCUGGCUUUGUCUCACUCUUUGCGUUCUUCUCCUUCGACUCAAGCAGCUAUCCGUAGAGAACAGCACUGCUAACAUUCUCUAUCCGUCUGUAAGUGUAGGUACUUAUGCCACCAAGAAAGCGAUAUUGCGACGAUUCUGACUACACUACAAGGGGAAACAAUACGACAAUGGUGCUCAAAGGACACGCUGGACGUCGCAUAACUCGUUCCAUCACAAAUCCUGCGCAUCAGAAAACGCCAGAAGACCGCGAGUUAGCUCGUAAGAGUCUCCAAAAUGCGCAAACACCGAUAUGCCGACUCCCUGUGGAACUCAUCACGGAAAUAUUCUUUUACCUUGUGAGGGACAUUCGUGAUUCGAUCUUUCGUGGACCUCUAGACGUCUUCUUUAAGAGAGACAAACUGCUAUCAGCUCCAUAUACUUGGGAACGCGUCGCACAUGUUUGUCGGCAUUGGAGAGAGAUAGCCCUUCACUGUCCCAAACUAUGGAGUGUUCUCGUGAUAUCUCCUUCGAUCUUACGCAAAGGUUAUCUUCGUGUAUACCUUCGUCGAUCAGGGAAAUACCCCUUGGAAGUUCUAUAUCGAUCCACGAUACUACCCGGCAAGAAGGCCAAACGAGCGUUUCAACCGAUGACAAAGGAAUCUUCACGAAUUCAUACUCUUGAACUCGUUCUACUUCCUUCCCAUGCGGAACUAUCAGACUCUGAUGUGGUUUUGGCUAACAUCCGCAAGUUGGUCCUUAGUAAUGGCAUCGCCGAAUCCGCUAUCCUGUCGCCUGUGAUUGUUUCACUACAUCGAGAGACCCUUCCUCAUCUUGAGAUGCUGGUGAUGUUUGAUUUCGAGUCAGACGUUUACAGGCCCUUGUUGCGACCUACCCUCCGGCACUUGGUUCUGUCUAAGGGAGGAAAUAGUCUCGAACUUCUUUUGGACGCCCUGGCUGGAAUGCCACUUCUCGAGUCCCUCUACAUCGAUGAAUGCAUGGAUGAAGAUCCUUCAGUAAUUCUUCAUUCCCCGCCAGCAUCUCGGAAUUUGAUUUUUCUGCCAAGGCUGAUGCAUAUCUUCAUUACUGAGCAUUAUGCACCUUUGAGUGCAGUGCACCUCCUGCACAAUCUUUCCAUCCCCGCAUCCGCCCGGCGGGGUCUCGUCACUCCAGGAGCCCGAUCGUUGGAUGACUUUCAGUUCCUUCUUCACGGAUUUCUGCCAAAACCUCAGGUGAAGAUUAAUAGUUCACCCAGUCUGCCGCCCAUACUUUCCUUGACCAUAUCUUGUCUUGAUUGUUAUCGUAUCAAGUUCAUGGCUUGCCGAAAUACACCCCGUGGCCAACCGGACUGGGGAGACCUUGUCUUCGAAUUGACAUUAUUACAGGAUGGAUGGAUACUUUCAAAAGAUGAACAUAUCUUGCAAGCCUGUGCUCAUUUUCCUUUUCACACAGUCCGUGUCCUGACUAUCGAGGGCGAGGAAGGUUCGAGGACCUCUUGGCGAGAAGUGUUGCGUCAUUUUCCUUGCGUCGAAAGAGUGUAUAUUGAACCUGGCGUGAUCACGCAAUAUAAACCGCGUUUUCAGUACCUUCCCUUCGCCCUCCGAGUUCCCAACCUAUCUCGCGCUGAUGGAGAUGUUCCGAUGGUCCUCCCCAACCUCGCCGAAUUGGAACUCACUUUCAAGGACCGCAGGAUCAUACGCGUCGCCGAUAAGUCGUACGUUAAAUACCUGCAGGGAUUACGCUGUGCUCUUCGGUCACGCCAAAAGGCCGGAUUCGAGCUUAAACUUCUCAAGAUCAAAUUCCCUUGUAUCCCGAGCGACCUUAUCGGAAGAGCGCUGGAUCGUCUUAGGGAUUCAGUUGGGGAGCUGGUUUGGGAUGAUCCACAUGCGAAGUUGUGGUAUAGCAGCGACAGGGAAUAUGAGAACACUGACAACGAAAACGAUGAUAGUGACUCCACCGACUCGUCGUCGUCAUCAUCCUCUUCCUCAUCGUCCUCGUCGAUCUCAUCAUCAUCCUCAUCCGUAACUUCCUCUAGCGGUUCAGAUGCAAGUGAUUUGAACUAGGAACUUGGAGGUGAUUGUACUGUAAUCUUACUAUGUCGCAAUUCAACCUAUACAUCGUAUCUCUUAUUCGUUACUGAUCUGGCUUUGUAUAUGUUCUUCCUUUUAGAGUUCUCUUUAUAGUGACGUGCCAUGAUUCAAUUUUUGUGGUUGGCAAACAUAAGACCUUUAUUAUGCUCCUUUUGCCUGGAUUCUACCGAACCGAUGAUGUCAUUGACGAAGCAUUGUUUAUUUAACUCGAAACUUCCAGUAGUGUAAAAUCUAUACCGCCACAUUUUUAAAGGCGAAGUGCAAUUAUUUCGUCC